AAGGAAAUGGAAAUUUCUGGUCCUUACAACGCAAAACACGUUACACAUGUCGGGUUUGAUUCAACUUCUGGAGAGUUUACUGGUCUGCCUAGUGAAUGGCAGGUUCUCCUGAAACAAAGUGGAAUCACAAAGACUGAACAGUAUCAGAAUCCUCAGGCUGUAUUGGAUGCUAUUGGAUUUUACCAAGAA